AUGGAGGCGACGCUCGCGCGGUCCGUCAUCGGGCAGGACGAGGCGCUCGCCGUCGUGUCGAACGCGGUGCGAGUCUCGCGCGCGGGGCUGCAGUCGUCCGAGCGCCCGCUCGGCGCGCCCCUGCUGGCACUUUCAUGCUGGUCGGGCCGACCGGCGUGGGCAAGACGCGCCUCUGCAAGGUUCCUCUUCGACUCGGCCGACGCGGUCACGCGGCUCGACAUGUCCGAGUUCAGCGAGAAGCACGCCGUCUCUCGCCUCGUCGGCGCGCCGCCCGGCUACGUCGGGUACGACGAGGGCGGCCAGCUGACCGAGGCGGUGCGGCGGCGGCCGUACUCGGUGCUGCUCCUCGACGAGUUCGAGAAGGCGCACCGCGAGGUUGCGACGCUGCUGCUGCAGGUCCUCGACGAGGGCCGCCUCACCGACUCGCAAGGCAAGACGGUCGACUUCCGCAACACGAUCAUCAUCAUGACGUCCAAUUUGGGCGCAGAGGCAGCUCGCGUCGCUGCCGGAGGGGGCCGCCUCCUCCAAGGCGCGGCCCGAAGUGCUCAAGGCGAUCGCGGACGCCUUCCCGCCCGGGUUCGUCAACCGGCUCGACGAGAUUCCGAGGUCCUCUUCGAGCGGCUCACCCGCGAGCGCAUCGCCGCCAUCUGCGCUGUCGAGGUGCAGCUGCGGGAGCGCCUCUCUGCGCGCGGUGUCCGCCUGCGCCUCUCCCCGGACGCCCUGCUCCGGCUGGCGGAGGCCGGGUACGACCCGGCGUACGGCGCGCGGCCGGUGCGGCGCGCCAUCCGCCACCACCUGCUCGACCCGCUCUCCCGGCUGCUGAUCGGAGACCAGGAGGCGCAGGACGGCGCGACCGUCCUCGUCGACACGAAGGACACCGGCGCGGGCGCGGGCGGCGGCGCGGCGCAGCCCUCCAUCGUGCCGCCGCUGCCGGGCGUGCCUUUCGCCACGGGGCUGUUUGGCGCCGGCGGCGCCGCCGCGGCGGUGCCGCCGAGCGACAUGGCCGCCGCUGUGCGCAUCCGAUUGCUGGCUCCGGGUGCGCCGCUUCCGCCAGAGGACACGGGGGUCGACUGGGACGAGGGGCCGGAGUCGGCAGCGUAG